UCAUAAUAUUGUCAGAUUGUCAGUGAAGUCAAAUCACAAAUGGGUAAAUGCGAUUUAAUUUGUGAUUUUGCAAUUAAAAAUAUCGAAUAUACCGAUCUGUACUAAACAAGAACAUUGGGUGUUUAUUUUUAUAACAAGAUUGAGCAUCUUUAGGCAAUAUUUAAAACCCCAGAAAAUCUUUAAUGCGUAUCAUAUUUGAUGUGAACCUGGGACAAUGAGUAGCCAGCACCAGUACAUGAGUGUGAACAACACGUCCACUACACGCGUUGGCGACAUUGAACACAUUAGUCACCUAUCAGAAAACAUAGGGUCCCUGUGCCUAUCGUCGGAGUACUCCGAUGUGACCCUCAUAGUGGAGGGGCAGCGGAUCCCCGCGCACAAGGUCAUCCUCGCGGCCAGUAGCGACUACUUCCGAGCGCUGCUGUAUGGCGGCAUGAGGGAGGCCAACCAGGCUGAAGUGGAGCUGCAGGCGCCACUACAGGCCUUCAAGGCUCUCCUACGAUAUGUUUACUCAGGUCAUAUGGGCUUGUCCCUACUACGCGAGGACACAGUUCUCGACAUGUUAGGCCUGGCUCACCAGUUCAACUUCCAAGAGCUGGAGACAGCUAUAUCUGACUACUUGAGGCAGGUGCUCGCGCUCAGGAAUGUCUGCUCCGUGUUGGAUGCGGCGAGACUCUACGGGCUAAAGGCGCUAAUGGACUAUUGCUACAACUUCCUGGACAGGAAUGCUAUUGAUGUCCUGCAGCACGAGUCCUUCCUGCAACUGUCUGUUGAAGCCCUGCAAGGUCUUCUAGAGCGCGAUUCAUUCUUCGCACCAGAAGUGGACAUCUUUAAAGCGGUUUGCAACUGGUUCAACGCCAACCAACUGUGGGUCAAGUCUGAGGGCGGACAGGCACAAGUCGAGAAAAUAUUGAAAUGCGUGCGCCUAACUCUAAUGAGCCUGGAGGAGCUGCUGACGGUGGUGCGGCCCUUCUCGCUGGUGACGCCCGACAUGCUGCUGGACGCCAUCCAGGAGAAGACGCAGACCAAGAGCACCGAGCUCCGCCACCGGGGACUGCUGGUGGCGGAGGAGAACGUGGCGACCCCGAAGCGCGGCGCGCGCGUGAUCUCGGGCGACAUGCGCUCGGCGCUGCUGGACGGCGACACGGACACGUACGACAUGGAGCGCGGCUACACGCGCCACACCAUCAGCGACGCGCCCGACAACCCCGGCAUCUGCGUGCGCCUCGCCGCGCACACCAUCAUCAACCACAUCCGUCUGCUGCUGUGGGACCGCGACAACAGAUCAUACGCGUACUACAUCGAGGUUUCUGUGGACCAAAAAGACUGGGUCCGCGUGAUCGACCACAGGAACUACUUCUGCCGCUCCUGGCAGAACCUGUACUUUGAGCCGAGGGUCGUGCAAUACAUCAAGCUGGUUGGCACCAGCAACACUGUUAAUAAGGUGUUCCACGCAGUAGCGCUGGAGGCGAAGCACACGGUGCGCGUGCCGCCGCUGCGGAACGGACUCAUCGAGCCCGUACACAACGUGGCCACUGUCGAACUGUCCGCCGUCGUCAUUGAGGGCAUCAGUCGUUCCCGCAACGCCCUGCUGAACUGCGACACGGAGCACUACGACUGGGACCAGGGCUACACGUGCCACCAGCUGGGCUCGGGCGCCAUCGUGGUGCAGCUGGCGCAGCCCUACCUGCUGUCCUCCAUCCGCAUGCUGCUGUGGGACUGCGACUACCGCCACUACUCCUACUACGUCGAGACCUCGCUCAACUACUGGGACUGGGAGAUGGUGUGCGAUCGGACGAGGGAGGCCUGCAGAUCAUGGCAAGUGAUAUAUUUCAAGCCUCGACCUGUUUCCAUAAUACGUAUUGUUGGAACAAAUAACUCUGUUAAUGAGGUGUUCCACCUGGUCCACCUGGAGUGUCCUGCGCAGGUGGAGGACGCGCGCGAGGACCCCGCCGCCAAGAAGCAGCGCCCCGCACACGACAACAGGCUCAACCCCAGUAAUGGAUCGUCGUCGUCGUCCCCUCCGCCGAGCAGCCCGGCGGCGCCGGCGUCGGCGGGCGACGCGAGCGACGCCGACACGGAGGGCGGCGGCCGCGCGCGCUCGCUGCCGCCCGCCGAGACCGCCACCGAGGCCGACGAGAGGUACGCCGACUGACGCGCGCGCCACACAUGAGCUGCCAAUGUACUCGCGGCUAUCAGUUGCAUACUUGACCACACGUCAUGGCUAUACCACAGUAAACUUAAUAGCGACUACCUUUGACCCGCUCUACGUGUAAAUACUAAUAAAAUGAAUCGAUUCUAAAAGUAACUACUUCAAAAUUAGUCUGUGUCUCCUAAAUUUGAUGUGUGGUCGACGAUGCAAUGUGCUUGACCUACCCGGAUUUUAACAAUGAAGUUGAGAUUGGAGACGAGUAUGAUGGUGAUGAUGACCAGCAUUAAAAAAUCUUUCUAGUCCGACAGAUAAAUAUUCAUAAAAUAUUCGAAACGUAUUUUGCUAUUAUCUAAUAAGCAGUAAAAAAUUACAAAGAUAAACUUCUUUAAAGUUCAAGAAAGCCAGCUUGUGACGUAGCAACUUCAAAAAAUGUAUAAACUGAAGUGACGUCACGUGUAAGUUCCAUUCAUUGGUAUUUAAACAAUUUUUGUUGGACAAAAGAAAAAAUACGUCGUCAUUAGCAUUCAUUAAACUAUAUGAAGGACAAUGAAAAUGUCAUCAUCUCUAUUAUGAUUGCAUUAUAUAAUAUCGUCACUUAAACUUAUGUUGUCGACGGCUACCUUUGGUACGUAUUUAGCGUGUUUGUUUAUAUCUAUUUGUUUACUUAUAACCUAGUAAUCGAUAGAUAUAGAUGUGGGAUUAAUGUAAGUUCUUACUGAUAUGUUAAUGCAUAUCACGCCGAAUGUAAAGGCAUUUUAAAUAUAAAAUAUUGUAAAAUUAGGCCAUCUUGGAAUUGUGAUGUUUGUCUGUCACAAUCAAUGUUUCACGAAUAUUUCAACUGCCAUGAUUAGUUAGUUUUAUUAGCACGCGAAUUUGAUUUCAACGAAUUAAUUUAUGGAACAAAUUAGAUUUUGUAAAUUAUUUUUAUGAGCAAUUUGAGUGUUCGUUUGUGUUGCCACUUACUGAAUGACACCCAUUAUAAAUAAAUAAAAUAUAUAUAAAAAUCAUUUCUGUUAUUAAUAUAGCAAAUUCCACUGGACACGUUAUUAGUUUGUGAAAUAUUAUUCGGUUAAUUCACAAAAGACCUGCACCUGUAUCAUAAGCUUUUAAUUGUGGACACCAGGCGGCGCUCCGUGCAAAGUAAAGGGGCCAUCUAGCCCCCUCAGUAGUAGUCUGCUGUAAGAACUCGUAUUAAACGCGCUGUUUAGUUAUUUAGUUUGUAAGCUGAUGUUUCUAGUCUGUUCUGUCACUGGGUGUAUGGGGGUGCAGAAUAAUUUCAACUCCUUAACGUUUUAUAUUGAUUUUAGAAACUCUGUUUUUAGUCUAUUAUUCAGGUUUGAGAUACUUCGUAAGUCGUGACGUAGAUUUUUUUGCACCUACCCACCCAAUUUUGUACACAUGGUAAAAGAGAUAAGUUUUUAACUGAGUAAAUAAUUAUUCAUUAUUUACCGUUAGGUUCAACUAUCUAAAAAGUGAUUAUACAAUUGUCGUGAGUUACGACAUGCAUAAAAUUCUAUUGUUCUAUUGUAUUGAAUUGAAGAAUAAAUAAAUCUCUUUUUCCGUCUGUAUAUAAUUUAGUUUGUCGGUAAUUUUCACCGUAAAUGUAAGCCAUCGUAAUUUUUCACAUAUUACGUUUAUGUUAGGCAUAAUAAGGAGACUAUAAUAUUGUGUUGUGAUAAGAAAAUAUUAAAAUACAAAUAAGCAAAAAUGUAAUUAGUCGAUAAUUAUUAACCUUUAGAAGUAGUAAAUUCUAUUAUAUUGGAACUAUAUUGUUUGCAUUCCUCAAUAGAUUAUCAUAGGCUAAAUUCUCCUUAGAAAAAUUGAAAGAUUUUUGUAUUUGUUCUGAUUUUUUGAGUAAUCUGUUUUAAACUUGUGUUACCAUGUUACACCAUCAAUAAAAACCUUAUCAUGUAACAGUUUUAUAUUUUAGCUAAUCUUUCGUAUAUUGGACUUUAAGUAACAUGUAAGUAAUAAUACUGGAUUGUUUAAUAUUAUUGUAUCCUAUAUAAGUAGACAAGUAGGGUAUGCUUGGGAAGUUUGAACCAUAUCCUGAAGUGGGGAUGGGGAGGGGUAGAGGUUGUUUUUACUAUUCCUAAAAGGGGUUUAUAAUCAUAAUAGAUAUACUAUUGUUUAAUUGCCAGAAGGUGUGUCAGCAUAUUAUCUUUUGUUAAAUAACUUUCUCUAUCCCCAAUUUGGAAUAUAGUAUCAUAAGAAUCACUGUGAUAAAGAUUUCAACCAAUUGGUUUGAGAAAUUCUAGGAUAAGACGGAUUGGCAAGUUAGUUGUGUAAUAUCUUUUGAUAGUGAUUGUAGUUUCUAAGGCAGCUAACAAUAAUGGAGCUUAUAAUAUGUUUUAAUAAAAAUAUCGAGAUUU